AUGCGCUCUAAUACUGCACGUUUUCCGAAAUUCCAUUUUUUUCAAGAACAGAUUGAUCUUGUGCUUAAUGUUCAUGGUUUGAUGGAAAAAAUGAUUGAUCUACUGGAUGAUGAGGUAACUUCGAUAUCAGCUUUAACGACAAUUGGGCAUGUCAUUGCUGGUACGGAUGAACAGGCUCAACGAGCGCUGGAUUUAGGUAUACUUCCAAGACUGGUUCAUUUUUUUGACAGUACACUGCUAACGUCAAGGAAGAGACGAGUGAUAGGCUGGAUUUUGAGUAACGUUGCAGCUGGAACUCCAUCUCAGAUCGAACUGUUAUUCGGUACUGAGGGCAUUUUAGAAAUUUUAUUUAAAAUCGCAAAUUCCGAUGAGCGUAUAGUCCGUUACGUACGUUACACUUUCUUUAAUAUAUUAUUUUAA